AUGGGCAUCUGCUCGUCGUGCCUGGGCGGGCGCUCCGACGAAGACCCGUCGGACGCAUCGCAGCUCCUUGGGGACGGCUACCAGCCGCAGUACGGCACCCUCGACGCCCGCCCCCAACACGCCCCACUGCCCGAUCCAGAGGAGAUUCGCCGCGAGCGUGAGGCGCUCGAGCAGAUCUGUGCCGACACGUCCAGCCAGCUCAUCACCGUCGUGCAACCCACUGCCCAGCCCGAUGCAGACCAGCCGCACGUCUCAGAGACCACCGACUAUGCCCAGCACUUCAGCAAACGCUUCCCCUCGCUGCGCGGCCUGAACAAGCGCCCGGCCCCCACCGAGGAUGCCGACGUGGACGAGGCCGCCUGGCUCGACAGCGCGCUGGGCGGCGACGACGACAACGCCGACGACCCCGUCAAGCCUGUCCAGGGAGGCCUGACGCGCCAGUUUGGCAAGUGA